CGCGCUCCCGGUGAGUGAGUUUUAUAGCAACUGUUGCCCGGUGAGGCAGCGCCAUAUAGUCACCGUAGUCCUGGCGACUGUAACCCACCAACAACAACCUCUCGCUCCAUCAUUACCACCUCCUCCACCAUCCUCAUCUCAUCAACCAGUUCACAGCUCAGGCGCCAUGCAGACCCCUGAAGCAGGCGCUGACUCCACCUCCACUGUCCCUCUUCAGACCACUGUGCCUGUCCAGCCUACCGGCUCCACCCAGCAGGUGCCUGUCCAGCAACAGGCCCAGACUGUUCAACAGGUUCAGCAUGUUUACCCAGCACAGGUGCAGUAUGUGGAGGAAAACAGUGGCGUCUACACCAAUGGCAACAUAAGAACCUACUCUUACUCAGAGCCGCAGCUGUACAGCCAGAACAGUGGAGGGAGCUACUUUGACACGCAGGGCAGCUCGUCACAAGUGUCCACUGUGGUGACAUCUCAUGGCAUGAACAACAACGGAGGAGGGGGCAGCGGGGGAAUGAGCAUGAAUCUGGCGGGGGGUCAGGUAAUCAGCACCAGUCCUGGAGCGUACAUCAUGGACAACGCUGGACCCCACCCUGCCACACAGACUGCGCGAGCUUCCCCAGCUACUAUUGAAAUGGCGAUUGAGACGCUCCAAAAAUCUGAGGGUUUAUCCAGUCAGAGAAGCUCGCUGCUCAACAGCCAUCUCCAGUGGCUGUUGGACAAUUAUGAGACAGCAGAGGGCGUAAGUCUGCCACGAUCCACCCUCUAUAAUCAUUACCUGCGCCACUGCCAGGAGCAGAAACUGGACCCUGUAAAUGCAGCCUCUUUUGGAAAACUCAUCCGCUCCAUCUUCAUGGGACUCCGUACAAGGCGCCUUGGGACAAGAGGGAACUCCAAAUAUCAUUACUAUGGUAUCCGUGUGAAACCAGACUCCCCGCUCAAUAGACUCCAAGAAGACAUGCAGUACAUGGCCCUCAGACAGCAGCCUGUUCAGCAGAAACAGAGGUUCAAACCGGUGCAAAAGUUUGACUCCUGCUCUGGGGAGAAUUACUCAGGUGGCGGCCAGCCUAUUCCUGGUGCAGCAGAGCAGACGGUCAUCGCACAGAGCCAACACCACCAGCAGUUCCUAGAUGCAUCACGGGCACUCCCUGACUUUGUGGAGCUGGACUUGGGACAGAGCAAUACGGAGAACAUCAGCCCAGAGGAUGUGAAAGCUCUCCAGUCCCUUUACAGAGAGCACUGUGAGGCUAUCCUGGAUGUGGUUGUCAACCUCCAGUUCAGUCUAAUUGAGAAGUUGUGGCAGACAUUCUGGCGUUAUUCUCCCCCUGACUCUGUAGAGGGUGCCACUGUAACAGAAAACAGCAGCGUAAGUGAGAUUGAAGCACGACUCCCCCGUUCACAGCUACUGGUGCUGUGCAGAAACGAGGCUGUACUCAAAUGGAUGAGCACCUGUGACCAUCUAAUGUACCAGGCCCUUGUGGAGAUCCUCAUCCCUGAUGUCCUGAGACCCAUUCCCAGUGCCUUGACUCAAGCCAUUCGCAACUUUGCCAAAAGCCUGGAAGGCUGGCUCAAUAAUGCCAUGAAUGCCAUUCCACAGAGAAUGAUCCAGACUAAGAUUGCCGCUGUUAGUGCCUUUGCGCAAACACUGCGUAGAUACACAUCUCUGAACCACCUGGCUCAAGCGGCACGUGCUGUGUUGCAAAACACGUCACAAAUCAACCAGAUGCUGAGUGAUCUCAACCGUGUUGACUUUGCCAACGUACAGGAGCAGGCGUCAUGGGUGUGUCAGUGUGAGGAGGGAGUGGUUCAGCACUUGGAGCAGGACUUCAAGGCCACACUACAGCAGCAGAGCUCUCUGGAGCAGUGGGCAGCUUGGCUGGAGAAUGUGGUCACUCAGGUGCUCAAGCCCUAUGAGCACCGGCCCAGCUUCCCCAGAGCAGCUCGCCAGUUUCUGCUUAAGUGGUCUUUCUACAGUUCUAUGGUGAUCAGGGACCUGACCCUGCGUAGUGCUGCCAGCUUCGGUUCCUUCCACCUGAUUCGCCUGCUGUAUGAUGAGUACAUGUUUUACCUAGUGGAGCAUCGUGUGGCCCAAGCUACUGGAGAGACACCGAUUGGUGUCAUGGGAGAGUUCGACAGCCUCAACACCCUCUCCCUCUCUAACAUUGACAAAGAUGAAACCAGCGGGAUGGACAGUGACUUAGAAGAUGACACGGAGGAGUCCGGGGAACCUCUUGCCAAGCGAGAGAAGUCUGAGCAUGAGGUGAUCCAGGUGAUCCAGGUUGGGGCGCUAGAGGACGGGUCCCACCCUGUGGUGGGGGUGGUCCAGCCAGGCGUCCUCCACUCGCUCCCCCAGCCCCCACAAGACCACACUGAGCACAUCCUAACUCCCUCCGCCGGUACUCCCACCAUCCGCCACUGCAGCGCCACAGGCAACACCUACGCCUCCGUUUGAGGGUCUGAGGGCGCGGCUAACCUUGUCUGGCCUAUUUUUGCUAUCUCACUCUCCACAUAUCUUUCUCUCUGUGAGUCUAGAUGUUUCCGUCUUUUUCAUGCAUUGUCUCUGUCUGCACUCGUGUGGACAACAGUCUCCUUCUCCGGGUCUGUGUGGGGGAGUGCUGAAAUGAUGAUACUCUGGCCGAGAUGUGCUGUCCGUGUCUGACUGCUUAGAUUCUGGAUGUGUCGUCGUCCCAUAAGUCUGUGCUCUAUCACGAUGCAACAGCUGGAGGAGGACUAAUUUGACCCGUUAAAAGUUUCCUGCCUAGGCAUGACUUACCGCCUCUGUCUAUAUUGACGGCUUUGAUCUCGGAGGAAAAUUGAGGUCCUUUUUAAAACUACUGAUGUCUCAGUGCUCAAAUCCAUGUCACUAGUCCCAGUGGAGCAAAGUCAUCGACUCAAGACCUUUGCCUAUUGUAAAUAGUUUUGCUGUACUUUCAAUUGGUAUUACCCAAAACUCAUGGUGCUAUCACUGUGUUUGGUUUUGUUUUAAUCUCCACUUCUCCCGACUAAUUUUAGUACAGUUUAUAUCAACAUGCAUUCCAACUGCCGAUACAAGUUUGGCUGAACAAAAAUAUUUUGAGUAUUGUAUGUAGCUAAAAAAACAAAGGGAUGAUUUUCUAUGUAUGACUUACAUAUCCUAUCUGAAUAAGGAUCAUGGGGCGUUUUCGUCUGUUCUGUUUAAAAUUAUAUGGUAGCCACCCACUGAUACCGCUUACAGAGUUUAGCCACAGAGAAAGGAACCCCUGAAGAAAUAUCUGUGCUGCUACUUGUGUGUGUAUAUAGAAAACGAGAUUGAAAAGACCGGCUGUACAAAACCACUUCCUCAAUGCUAGCUUUUCUAUGCACCCCGUGCAUAACGCUUGCCUUUGUUCAUUUUAGAUGCUCUGUAGUGUCGUGACGAGCUGUAAUCUUGAACGCAACUUUUACCAGACAUGUUCCCCUGUUUUUUUGCAGUUUCUGUCUUAAGGAAAUUUCUUCAGUUCACAAAGGACCAAAACCAAACUAACAAGAGGAAGCUGAGAGUGAGCCAUUCGGGCCCACCCGAGAGCUGUUUCCUGUCCCACAGUGCCAUGUUGCAGAGCAAAAGGAAUGUCAGGGAUUUAAUGUACCUCGGCUUUAUCAUAGUGCCUUAUCCUUUAAAUGCAGCUGUCCUUGUAGUCCUGCCUGUGUGCUGUAGAGAGCCCCACAGCCCCUCUGCAUUGUCCCAGCCACAGAUUUUUGGCUUUUUUCUGGUGACUCGUGGCUGGAUUUGGGCUGGCUCAUCAGUGUUGAGACCAAGGGAUGCAGGCACUGACACACACCUGUUGUUUUUCUCUCUGGAUCAGCUCUACUAAGCUCACUACUUAUCUGAAUUGUGGUCUUUAGCCUUGCUCCUAGCCCUCACUCUGCCCUCUAGAGGCCUAUUCUUGCAUUAGCCUUUGUUGUUGGGUGAAGUGUGUAUGUGUGAACACAGGUCUGCGCUGUGUUUUUAUGUGCAUGUGUAUGUGUGUGUGUGUGUGUGUAUAGACCUGUUUGUGUGUGUGUGUGUGUGUGUGUGUGUGUUGGAACACAUCCAUCAGUCACCCUACCUCAAACCAGUGGUGCCAGCCCUUUUGACGCGUGCAGCACAGUCACCAAACCUUAUUGCACACACACCACUGUACUGCACAAAUCUCAACGCGACAGAGAAAAGCUGCAUUGCUUUCUCUCACCUCUGAUACAUUUUCACUUCAGUUUUUAGCCCAUUUAAAAAAAAAAAUGCUUUCAUCCUUUGUUCCCUGUUUGAAGAUCAUCUUUGUACAGUGGACCAAAAGUAGAUAUUUUGUGAUAUUCAAAGAGAUAUAUAGAUAUAUAUAUGUAUAGUAUAUAUAAUGAUGAUACACUACAUAUAUUUGUUGCUUUUUAUGUGGUUGAUCUGAUUGUUUAUAUGUGAUUGUUUCUUUUUGGGUAGCGUCUCUGUAAUUAGUUCAUAGACUGUGAAAUGGGAAAGGCAUGGGGACUAACUUCUGAUUCAUUAGACUACAUCUAUACUUGAAAUGUUAUAGCCUUCUAUGUCAUGGAGAAUAUUGAGAUUAAUCCUCUUCAUAGGAACGUUUUCUUACUAAGAUGAUUUUGUUGGUUUUUUUUGUUGUUGUUGUUUUUUUUCUUUCAAGCUUAUUGAAAUGGUCUGCACCAUAUCCCUGCAGAAAUGUUUAUUUAUUGAUAUUUAUUGUGUGUUUGAUUUGGUUAGAUGCUUACCCAUUACACCGUAAUUACAGUGGGUACCACUGAUGAAUCAUGAAUCAUACCACUAUAAAGCGCAGAUCUACUGUACAGGAGGACCAGAAGGUUUUUUUGUUGUAUUGUUUUUCUUUCUAUGUAUGAAGUUUGAUUAAGGAUUUUAAAAAGGGAUGGCACUGUAUUUGCUGUAUUCACAGUCCUUUAUGUUCUGUGGAAUCAUAUCGCUGCCAUGCAAAAAAAACAAAGAAAAACAGAUCAGUGUCAGGUCAUAAAGUGAGAAGUUUGGUGUCAUAACAAGACGUUUUUUUAUAAAGAGAAACUUUUCUUGUUAUAACAUACUGUAGCUGGUAAAACAUGUUUCACAUUAUCCGUGAUUAUGAAUAUUAUUAUAACAAAAAGGUUUCUCUGUAAUGUGACAAAUUUAGUUUUAAAAAAUUGUAAAUAAAGUACAAGAUGUCAACAUUUGGUCAAAUAACAUGAAACAUAAUAACAUUUAAUUCAGAUUAUUUGAAAGAUGCCUUUACAAUUGGUCAGAUACAUUUUUAAAGAACAAUGCAGUAACAGUUUGUCAAACAAAUAAAGAAAACGUCCUAACAUUUAGUUAGAAUAAAGAAAAAGGUGUCAUAACAUUUGAUCAAAUAAAGGUUUGGCCAUACAUUUAAAAUAUGUCAUAACAAUUGGUAAAAUAUUUUUUUUAAAUGUUAUCAUUGGUCAAAUAAAUGGAAAAUAUAUCAUACAAUUAGUGAAACAAAAAUAUUUCAUAAGAAUCAAUGAUGAUGUAACAUAUCAUUUUGACAUAGUUUCUUAUUAUUAAGUGAUAUGUUUAUUGCCUAAAAACAUCAAAAUGUAUUAUGACUUGAAAACAUCAUCAUUGUUUUAACAAUAACCGUUAUAAUAUUAAACUGAUCAAUUUUUCUUUUUCUUGCAUGGCAGAAAGAGGCUUCUAUAACUAGUAAAAGAUUUUCCAUUAGAUACUGGAAGUAGACAGAAUCAUUGCCAUUUGUUUUGGGCGUGCUUGUGUCGAAAAGACUUAAAACUUAAGAAUACUGCUCGUCAGUUUAGUGUCGGUGGACUCACAGAAAUUUUGUUCAAUUAUUCCCAAGGGGGGAAUCUGCAGAGUUGAAUUCUGGCAAGCCCAAAAAACACGUUCCUCAUUGAUCAAACAGACAGUACGUAUCUCAUGCUGUAGCCUUACCCUCAUCCUGCUGGCUUGAAGUGUGCGUGUGUGUGGCUCACCAAGAUCUUGGAACGGAGCGCACCCAAACCUGACUCUCUCCUAUUAUGUUGUUCGAGGACACUUUUGAAAAGUCUGCGAGAAAAGGUCAGUGAACUUGAAGUAGCUGGAAGUUGAAGGCCUUCAGGCCAUUUUAGUUUACAUCAGGUUGUAACCUUGCACUCGCAUGAUAGAUUGCUCCCUGACUCUUGGUAUUGAACAGCUGAAUGCAAAGAAGGGAGCGGAGAGGGGAAAGUGAUGGAAAAAGUCCAUUAGCAAAUGAAUGGAUACAAAAAAAAAAAACUCGGAUCAUCUCUUCGACUUUUCUUCACAGCUGCCCACAAAUGUGUGCUCUCAUAACAACCACCUGACUGACCCCAACACUCUCUGGAACAAACUUGUAAAAAAGUGACGAGGUUCUGUUAGAUUUAAACAUUUAAAUCAUGGUGUAAAGCUGGGUAUGAAUGAAGGAUUUGCAGAACAUCUUUUUGUUCUUUUUUUCUCUCACUGAUUGAUUGUGUGUGUGCGCGUGUGUCUGUCUGUGUAAACAUGAAUCUCAGCUCCCUUGUCAUAUAAAUUGACUUUAACAUUGUAGAUGUAAAGUUGUAUUAUUUUUGUGCCUGAAGUGCAAAAUGGCUUAUAAAAACGUGUUGUUUUUUUUUCCUUUUAAAUCUUAAUUGUGUGCUUUAGGAUUGUAAGUGCUUUCUGGUCUUGCACGCCUACCAUGUGCUGCUAGGAACUGUUAUUUUGUUGAUUUCCCUGUAUCCCCCCCUUUUUUUUUUUUUUUUCUUUUUUUUUUUUGAGGGGGGGGGUGGGUUACGUUAAUCUUAGGUGCCAGACAGUGAUCUAGCUUUUUCUGCAUCUCAAAAGCCUGCCUGGGCAACACUGGACUGAUGCUAAUGCUGCCAACACAAUUGUACUUUUUAUUUUGGUGUCUUUUAAAAACUGAGAUUGUUUUUUGUUUUUUGUUUUUUUUUUUUUGUAACAGCUGUUUGCAAAAAUGAGCCCGGUUCCAACCAGAAAAUGAGAGAAAAAAAAAAAAAAAAGAAGACAAAAAGACAAAAGCUACUCCUUACCUUGUCAUGGGAGCUGAAGCUAAGAGAUGCCUCUUCACCUGGACUUUAACGGCAGCUUCACUGAACCCAUAGCAGACUCCAGUGCCUUUAAUUUCGCCCUGGCCAGAGCAGACGGCCUGGGUGACUAUUGGGUCUCUGGUGGGCUCCAGAUCGAGGCUAUCAGAGCAGACAUUUCAUUGCACAGGUGCUGCCACUGAGAAGACACCAGGGUUGAGGAAGCAUAAAGACCUGUCCUCAAGACUCGACUAUUUAU